AUGUGCUUUGCCCUCUCCCUGGCACCUGUGCACACACCAAGUGAGCAUGAGGCCACGACUUCGGACCUGCGGUCGGCCUGCAACUCUCGGCGCCGACGCUGCGUACGAGGGGCGGCCGCUGUUCCGUACUCGGCCCACGAGGUUGUGAGGAUGUUUCGAGAGGCUGAUGCUGAUGGAUCUGGAGGGCUGGACAUGGAGGAAUUCUGUGUCGGGAUGGGGCAGUUAUUCGGCUCUGUGAAUGUGGAGGACCUCAAAAUCCUCCACAUGAAGAUUGACGCAAACUGUGAUGGAACUGUGGACAUUGUAGAGUUACUAAACUUCCUGCUUACUCAAAGGACGGGAUCAGAAGGUUUGGAUUACAAAAAUCAGACCUUUCCCAGACCUAUCAAAAUCAUACCCGUGGAUCACUAUGAAUCCAUCGUCGGUCUGUUAUUCCGUCCCUCCGUGGAUGACAGGGAACCUGAUGGUGAUUCCGAGUUUACAACAGGACAAACCAGGACUUACCAGAAAGGUCAAUACCUCUCCAUCAGCUCAGAUGGUAGGUUCAACUUCUGGACCGACAGCUUUGACGCCUCAUACACAAUUCCGUUAUACAUCAAAUCAAAGACGACACUUCCUUUCUCUCAAGAGAAGAAAAUGCGUGUUAAUGACAUGGUGUACCUCAGAGAACUCAAACAGGUGGCUAUCUCCAGUACUGACAGGGAAUUGUUCUUCUACAAUUGCAAGGAGUUACCUGAGCUGUUGGCAAUCAGUCACUCUCUAAUAGUGGAAGAAAGCAUUGUGAAUGCCAUGAACUACCAGUCCAAUGGCACUAAAGCAGUGUUUUCCUUUGGUGAUACGGAAGGAUAUUUGUAUGUGUUUAUCUCCUACAAAAUACAGGCAAAUGGUCUCUUCUGUCCAAAGGCGUACGAGAGAAUUUCUCUGCGGGAGUACCCCACUGUUUAUGUUUCAGCCCUGUUAGAAAACCCCUCUGGAGACUUCCUGUGUGUUAAAGUCGCCAUCUUCAAUGAUACGUGCAGUCAGAUCCAAUACUUUCCCACGUUGGACUCAUUUGCCAUCUGCGGCAGCUUCUGUAAGACGAUGACCCUCGUUGCCCUCCAUAAGUCAUGCAAAACCAAAGUUUCAAAGAAAGUCUUCAAGAGCAGGGGAGUUUAUGGUUUUUUCGCAUGCGUUGAAUACUCCCCGUCAGCUGAGCGUCUGGUGACGGGUGGUACAGACGGCUUACUGCGGCUGUGGUUACCCGACCAAACCGUGUCCUAUGCACCCCCAUUAACAGGACACGUCAAACCCAUCACCCACAUUUUGUUUAAUGAUAAGGACAAAAUAUUUGUCAGUUUAUCCGAGGACAGGAAUGUACGUGUGUGGUCCGAGAAUGCCUGGCUGUGCAUUCAAAGCUUCUACGUUCGCGGUAUGGGACUGGCCCCGAUCUCCAGAGUCUUUUAUAACACACAUAACAAUGAGUUAGUCCUGGCUAACUCAAAUAUAGGAAAAUGCCUUGGAAGGGGAACAGAUGUUUUCAAAAACAUGUUAACAUCCCAUGACAAGCCCCUGUGCUCUGCACUAUAUCACAGCCUUUUCAAACAGGUCAUCUCUGUUUGCCAGGAUGGUGUGGUGACAGUGUGGGAUAUCCUAACAGGAGUGGCCAUCAUGCAGUUUAAAGUCACUCAGGAUCAGCAUGUGGGGCUCACUGCCAUGUCAUUUGACAAAACAGGGCGCAGACUAAUCACAGUUUCUCAGGAUAGGAAAGUGAGACUGUGGAACUUUAAUGAUGGAACAGAGCUUGGCGUUCAUCCUGUGACCGUGCCAAAGGAGGUGACAGGUAGCGUCUGCAUAAACAAUAGGUUGUUUGUGUCAGGAAGGAACUGCAAGAUCAUUUUUGACCUGGACAUGGAGCGAUAUGACAGCAGAUUUUUGGAGCACUAUUAUUUGGACGACAUUUCCUCCAUGGAUUUGCACGAAAACACACUGAUUACCGCCUCCAGCAAUGGAAAUAUCGUCAUCUGGGACGCCGACACGCUCGAGGCUCUCUACUGGCUUAAUGUCACUAAGAGCCCCAAAACACACAUAGCGGGCAAAAGUGCUCAAGGCCCGACUGGGAGUCUGGCUGUGGAGGAGAAGCCAAAACCUGUCAGAGACACUGGGAGAAUUCCGCUACAUAAAAAAUCUCCAGCUCUGACAGAGAAAAAGACUGGUGUGACUAUCAGUCCUCUCAUUAUAUGUCUGAGGACCAGGGCAGUCAAGGUCGACACAGCCACGCUGCUGACUUCUGCAGAAGGCUACAUCUAUGCCUGGUCUGUUAUUAGCAAGGGAGGGCUGUUAGGAAAGUUCAGGGCUGUGAAUGUUGAAGGAGCAGUCAUUGCAACCAUGUCAACCGAUGUCGACGAACAGAUACUACUCACGGGGGACAGUACCGGAAGGAUUUAUCUGUGGGACAUUCAGAGAUUUGGAUUUAGAAAAUGGGCAGACAAAGGGCCAUUUGAGGAUAUAAAUGGCUGGCGUGUGUCAAUUUGUCCACCUCCACUGUUGGGCUCCUGGCAGUCCCAUCUUACACGGGUGGUGAGUGUUAUAUGUGAUACUGCUUGUAAAAACAUAAUUACAGCAGGUUUGGACUGCAAUGUCCGGCUAUGGACAAACGCAGGCCGCUGCCUAGGCCUCUCUGGAAGAGAUCGAUGGCGACUAAAUAAUCGUUGUCAGCCCGCUUGCUUUUUGUGA